AUGGAGAGUGGAGAUAUAUUUAGAGUAAGUAGUGCACGAGUUAGUAGUUCUAGUGUAUGGAGGAACAGUGCCAGAGAAAUUUUUUCGAUGUCUUCUCGUGAAGAAGACGAUGAAGAAGCUCUGAAAUGGGCUGCUCUUGAAAAACUUCCCACUUAUCUUCGAAUAAGGAGAGGCAUACUGACUGAAGAAGGUGGCCAAUCAAGAGAGAUUGACAUAGCGAAUCUUGGGCCAGUGGAGAAAAAGAACUUGAUGGAGAGGCUUGUGAAAAUCGCAGAGGAAGAUAAUGAGAAGUUCUUGAUGAAGCUCAAGGAACGCAUUGAUCGAGUCGGACUUGAUCUCCCCACUAUUGAAGUCCGGUUUGAGAAUUUAAAUGUUGAUGCAGAAGCUUAUGUUGGCGGCAGAGCACUGCCUACUUUAUUCAACUUCUCUGUAAAUAUGGUUGAGGGGUUCUUGAAUUCUAUACAUGUUCUUCCAAGUCGGAAGAAACCAUUACCAAUACUUCAUGAUGUCAGUGGAAUCAUCAAGCCAGCCAGAAUGGUAUUGCUUUUAGGCCCACCAAGCUCCGGAAAAACAACAUUGCUGUUGGCAUUGGCUGGAAAACUUGGUUCAGAUCUGAAAGUUUCAGGGAGAGUAACCUACAAUGGUCAUGGAAUGGAGGAGUUUGUUCCACAAAGGACAUCUGCUUAUAUAAGUCAACAUGAUCUUCAUUUGGGAGAACUGACAGUAAGAGAGACAUUAGCUUUUUCAGCAAGAUGCCAAGGAGUUGGAGCCCGUUAUGAAAUGUUAGGAGAAUUGUCAAGAAGAGAGAAAGAAGCAAACAUUAAGCCAGAUCCUGAUGUUGAUAUUUAUAUGAAGGCGGCAUCACUUGAAGGGCAAGAGGCCAGCGUUGUAACAGAUUACAUUCUCAAGGUACCAACAGGAAAGUUAUACUAA